AUGACCACACUCACGAUGAUGAUGACGUGCCGUCUGCUGUGCGCCCUGUUGGUGCUUGCCCUGUGCUGCUGCCCGUCUGUGUGUGUGACAGCAACUGGUGGAGAUCAAGUUGCGAACAGCCCCAGUUUAUCGCCUGCUUCGCCAGCAGGAGCAGGUGUUCCGGGGUUACCAAAUACUUCCACGGCGCCAAGUUCAACAGGUAUGACCGUUACGUUACCGGGACCCCAAAAUCCGGACGAUAAGGGACAAGCAUCAGACACGAGGAGUGAUACCGCAAGAAGUACAGGUAGAGUGGUCGGUACGUCAGGGAAUUCGGAUCCAACAAGUCCGGCGUCUGAUACAGAACAGGGAAAGGGUGGAUCCGGUAGGUCUGGGAGUUCAGUUCCGACCGUCACGGUAGGGUCAAAGAGUCAGGGGGCCGGUACGCCAGAGAUUCCGGGGAACGAUGCGGAAAAGCCACAUGUUACGCCCGGUUUGGGAGUGGCAGCAGAUGCGGAGAGCCUUGAUGGACAGGAACCAAUUAAGGAGUCCAGUACGUCAGACUCAGCAGAACCGACUGAAACGGUACAGGAACCGGCAACGAUUUCCGGGACCGGUGGGACAGAGCCGCUGACACAGGCCAGUACUGGACAGACACAAAGUGGAAACCCCACAUCACAAGGACCAAGUGCGGGAACCGGUGUGCCAGGGAGUCCAGAUACAGAAAGUCCGGGGCCUAUUACAAAAGAGGGACCAGGUCUGGGCACCGGUGGGUCAGGGUCGUCAGGUGGGUCGGUUAACCCAACUACAUCGUCAAGUUCCGUGACCGCUUCUGUACCGGCACAAAGUCAGAAGGAACAUGCGCCAACCACAACAACCACUACUACGACAAAAGCACCAACUACCACCACCACUACGACUACGGAGGCGCCAACUACAACGACCACCCGCGCACCGUCACGUCUUCGCGAAAUCGACGGCAGCCUCAGCAGCUCUGCGUGGGUGUGUGCCCCGCUGCUGCUCGCCGUAUCCGCGCUGGCGUACACCACUCUGGGCUGA